AUGGAGACGUUGUAUUCAACAGAGCCUCACUAUAUUAGAUGUGUGAAGCCAAACAAUCUCCUCAAGCCUGCUAUUUUUGAGAAUGCCAAUAUAAUUCAACAAUUACGAUGCGGUGGUGUUCUUGAGGCCAUUAGGAUCAGCUGUGCAGGAUAUCCUACAAGAAGAACAUUUUACGAGUUUCUUCAUCGUUUUGGUGUUCUUGCUCCAGAAAUUUUGGAGGGGAAUCAUGACGACAAGGUUGCAUGUCAAAUGAUCCUGGAUAAGAUGGGAUUGAAAGGUUAUCAAAUAGGUAAGACCAAAGUUUUCCUCAGAGCUGGUCAGAUGGCUGAGUUAGAUGCCAGAAGGGCAGAAGUCCUUGGAAAUGCAGCCAGAACCAUUCAAAGGCAAUUUCGAACAUAUAUUGCACGGAAGGAAUUCAUUGCACGACGUAAAGCUGUAAUCAUGUUGCAAUCCCAUUGGCUAGGUAUGUUAGCCUGCAAGGUGCAUGAGCAGUUGAGAAGGGAAGCAGAUGCUUUGAAGAUUCAAAAGAACUUUAAGCGACACAUUGCCAGGGAAUCCUAUUUAUAUUAAGAGAGACUGGCUGCAAUA